AGAAAAGAAGCCAAAAUCCGAAAUCACAUUUGAGAAAGGAAAACAGAAAGAAAGAAGAAAAAAAAAAGAGGAAAUAAAAGGGGGAAAAAAACGAAGGAAGAAAAGAGGCAGAUUAUCAGCGCAAAUAACAUUUAUACAAGCACAAGGAAAGCUUCGAAAGUUGCCGAAGGAAAAAAAAAAGAUAAGGAAGAAAAACCAGAGAAACUGACGAUAAUAUCUCUCUGUGUCUUACAGCACUACCUACAACUCUCUUUAGUCCUUUCCCAUUCCCCAUUCUUCACUGCCCAUCUCGGCUCCCCUUGUUACCGUGUAUCAUCCCCAUCAUGUCUUCUGGACUGGCCUCCGAUGAGGUGGCCGAGGAUUACAAGAACUCUUUGGAAGAUCUAACCACAAACGAUAGGUUCCAGAUCAGCAAUCUUACGGUCAUUGCGAAAGAGAACACAGAACAUGCAAUGGCCAUCUCUCGCGUGCUGGAGAAUCACAUUCGAACAACACCGCCGGCUCAAAAACUGCCUGCCUUGUAUGUAGUCGACUCGAUCGUCAAGAACGUAGGGACGCCCUACACCUUGUUUCUGGGUCGCAACAUGUAUCAGACAUUCAUGAAUGCCUAUACGUUGGUGGAUUCGCAAACUCGCCGCAAGCUCGAUGAGAUGCUCAAAACAUGGAAAGAGCCUGUGCCCGGUUCCUUAGACACCAGGCCCGUGUUCCCUCCAGAAAUCACGCGCAGUAUCGAAAGUGCCUUGAUCAAGGCAAGGACUGCAGCCCUUCAACAACAGCAAGCCCGAAGCCAGCAGGAAAUCCUCACGCGUGGUCGAAAUGGGACUCCCCCCGGCUGGUCCAGUACUCCAACACCACCACAGAAUCUGGCCCGGUACCCGCCAGCCUCGAGUCAAACCGUGCCGGCUCCUUACCAGCGGAAUGGCGCAGGUCAUGCAUAUCCGCCCUCGGGGGACACGCAUGCUGCACGCGCCAUGUCCACAGCGCAAAUCCAGCAACGCUCGGAAAUCGAUCUAUCCGCCUUGAACCGGGAUAUUGAAUCCUUGAUUGCCGCAGCCCGCGGUGAUUUCGCCACCAACCCUCUCGAUUCGGCCGUGCAGCAACGAUUGAAAGCUCUCCUCGACCUGCAGGGCAUCUUACAACGCCAAGAGCUCACCCAAGAGCAAUUGAGGUUGGUUCGUGAUCAGGUAUCAGCCCUGGCACCAAAACCAGUCAUCCCGGCACCUCAAGCCCCCCAAAAUAUCCCGCCUGUUUCGAUACCUCCUGUAGCCGCUACCCCACCAGCCCAAACGCACUCGCAGCCUCUCCAGCAGCUGCUCAAUCCGGGUAUGCUCGCCGGGCUUAUCAAGGCCACUGCUGCGCGUCAACAGCCCACCCCACCGCCUCAAUUGGCCGGGAUUUUACCCCAGAUACCGAUUUUGAACAGCACGCCCCAGCCCGCUGUUUCCGCGACAAAGGAGAAUCCUCUCAUUGCGGCUUUGCGGGCGCAGGGGCUAUUACCACCGGCAUCGGCACCUCCAACUGCGUCUACCGUUCCUCCUCCUAACAUUACGUCUGCAUUCCCACUCAUCGUGCCUGGUCAGGUGCGAUAUACACCGCCUGUACCCACACCGCAGGCUCAAGGCAAUGCCGAAGGGCAGAUGGAUGUGCAGAUGAAUACUAUGUCCAUGAAAAUCCCACGAUAUACACUGAUUAGCAGCCUCUAUGAAAUGCGCACCAAUCGAUGUGGGACGUGUGGCCGUAGAUUCUUUGCGACCGAAGAAGGGAAGGAGAAGAAGGCGCGUCACCUGGAUUGGCACUUCCGCACCAACCAACGCAUGUCCGACGCUGCCAAGCGGGCCCAGAAUCGAAGUUGGUACGUUGACGAACGGGAUUGGAUCAAAUCCCGAGAAGCAGGAGACGACCAGAAUCCUACAGACACGGAAGCCUCUGGCGACGCAGCUGAUGGACAUGAUGGCAAUGUAGCGAAAAAGGGACCGUCCAAGCCGUGGAUCCGCGCGCCCAAUGAUGCGACUCUGCGGAAUACUCCUUGUCCAAUCUGUCAGGAGAAAUUUGAAUCCACCUGGUCAGAGGAUGUACAAGAUUGGAUCUGGCAGGAUGCAACCAAUGUUGGGAGUCGUGUUUACCAUGCUAGCUGCUAUGCUGAAGUGACUAAGGAAGGCCCAACGCCAGCUAAUCGGGGGGCGCCACUGGCACGCACCGGGACUCCAGACUCUGUGCUGGGUAAACGCAAGGCAGAGGUGAGUAUACCUUUUUCUUUCUUGAAACAAAGCAGGCUGUCCAUCUCUAACAAUGUCAAGCAGGUGACCAACUCCCCAAGUUCGAAUGUACGGAUUAAGACAGAGCCUAUCUGAAUGGCGGUGUCCAUGCCACAUAGACUCCAUUCCUCACACCCACUUCCUUUCAUAACAUUGCUUUGGAGCGAAGCUGCAUCGACAUUCAUCGG